AUGGAUUUUCGAAGCGUGAAUCCCCUGAACGUUCGCUUAAACGCACUCUCGGGCAACUUGCUGCCCUUGAGGCCGGGUGAUUCGCGAUUUCCGAUCACGUGGAAGAUAUACAGCGUCUUGGUGUGGCUGAUUGAGAUAAUCCAAACAAUCGUGCUUAUUCCCGGCUUAAUUCUGGUGUCGCGGGAGAAGGCGCUGAAAGACGGUACAGUUGUCUGUGUGGUUACCGUAGAGGUGUUUUUUAUGGCCGCGCGAAUUCACUCACGCAAGCAGCUGGUGAAUCAAUUGAUCCAGGAACUAAACGAUAUUCUACGCUUUGCGGACGAGACUAUGAAGAGCGUUGUGACAUCGACUCUGCAGCCUAUGGAGAAUCCGCUCAAGUUUUACUGGCUGUCCGGCUGGUUGGGCGUCUUCGUAUGGGCCUGCUUACCGUUCCUGCUGGUCUUCAAGGAAGUUUCCUUCUUUUACGAGGACUACAGGACACCAGCGGUCUUCUCCAAGCAGCCCUUUUCGUUCGGUGUCUUCCUACUGGGCAGCGUCCUCGUACUGUUCGGUAACAUAUAUAUUUUUGUAAAGAAAGUCGGAUUGGAUGUUUAUAUGAUACAUCUUGUGCUACUGAUAACGGCGCAGUAUCGGUAUAUCGCCACAAAACUCGCGACAAUAUUUCGAGAAGGACAUCCAAAUGAGUUGGAUGAGUUUCGCCAGAAACACUGCUCUGGAAUAGAUCGAUGGGUGGAAAAAGAAAUGAUAGCAUUAUGUCGACAUCACAACGCUGUUGUUCACUUAUCGUCUAUGUUAAAGAAAUUACUAUCUUUGAACUUCACUAUGAUCUAUGUGAACAGCGUUUUACGAUUUUGUUUUAUCGGUGUUAUGCUGAGUACAGUACCAUCAACGACUAUCCCAGAAGCUUUUUCGAUCGUCAUGUUCGCGUGUGGCUCAAUAGUGCAAUUUUACAUGUUGUGUUCCAGCGUUCAACAAUUAGUAGACGCGAGUCAGCAUAUGACGAAUAAAGCAUUUCACGAAAAAUGGUAUCAGUUUGGACCAUCUGUAAAACGUACCUUCAUGUUAAUGAUAUUAGGCAAUAAUUUAGAGUGCAAGCUCUCGACGUGCGACAAGUUUAAUUUGUCUCUACCCUCAUUCAUGACGUUUCAAGAACUGUUCACUUAUUGCGACAGAGUACCUCAUCUUGGAGGUUACAUUACUAAAAAGGAUCUUCUUAUGUUUUUAUGCAAAAUACGACAAGGUCUUUCUGAUGAAUUCUUGAAGGUGAUAUUUCAGUAUCCAAGUAGACAGGCAACAAGCAUGGCAAUUUCGAAAGUCAGAAAAUCUUUAAUUCAACGUUUUGUCCCCAGUAAUAUAGGAUUUGAUGCAAUUACUAGAGAUUACAUUGAGAGACAUGUGACUGAGUUUGUGAACGAAUUGUAUAAUACAGAAUCAUUGAUUCCUUGA